UGCGGUCUGAAUUUGAACACCGUCAUGCCUAUUUGCCAUUGAAUAAAUCAGGCGGGUUACUGUCAGACAGCUGCUACAUUUAACGACUGAAUUCCAAUCGCCGGACGAAUUUGGUCGGAAAAACUCAUAUUCACACUUCAAUUACAAUCAACAAUGAAAGCCUGAUGAUAACACUACAUGAAGAUUUAGGAUUUUGCUUCAGACUUCAACUAGAUUCCUUCUGAUUCCAUCAUAAUCCAUUUAAGAGAAGCACUCUAAUGGCAAGCGAGGGUGGAAAAGAGCCAUUGCUAAUAGGACAACAAGAACCUGGACCUGAGACCAAUUCUUUUGGUUCAUUUAAAAGCAGAAACCUGCGACGCUGUAAAAGCGCCCCCAUGGUGGAACCUGUUCCCGAGGAUACCAAAAUGGACCGCUUUUAUGACGGCCCGAGAUCUAUUUUCGAGCAACUCAAGCCAAAAUUCGGGAGGGUAGCCCUCUACUUGUUUGGGUACUUGGGUCUAAGUACAUUUUGCUUUUAUUUGGUUAGAAACCAAAUUACUGGAAAGGGAACACAAGGCAUUGUGGACGGUCUUUAUUUCUGCGUUGUAACGAUGACCACCGUUGGGUAUGGAGACCUUCUACCGAAUAGCACCACCACGAAACUACUCGCGUGUGCUUUUGUAUUUUCCGGGAUGGCCCUUGUGGGACUUAGUCUAAGUAAAGCCGCCGACUGUUUGGUGGAAAAUCAAGAAAUCUUGUUGGUGAAAGCAUUGCAUUUGCGUCAAAAAGCUGGUUCGAUGGAAAUUCUGAAAGAAACUGAAACCAAUAGAGUAAGAUACAGGUGUAUAAUCUUCUCGGUUUUGCUUAUGAUCCUCAUAACUGCAGGAACGAUCUUCUUAAUAACGGUUGAGAAAAUGGACUUUAUCGAUGCCUUCUAUUGUGUGUGUACCACGAUGACAACUCUUGGUUACGGAGAUAAAACGUUCUCGACAAUGGCUGGGCGUAUUUUCGCAAUAUUCUGGAUUCUAAUGAGCACUAUAUGUUUAGCUCAGGUGUUGUUUGCUUUUGCUGAACUGUAUACGGAGAACAGGCAGAGGGAAUUGGUCCGAUGGGUUCUUACAAGAAAAACAACCGUGGCUGACUUGGAAGCAGCUGAUCUUAAUGAUGAUGGUCUUGUGGGGGGUGCUGAAUUUGUGAUUUAUAAGCUAAAAGAGAUGGGAAAGAUCAACCAAGAAGACAUUGCGGUUAUCAUGGCAGAGUUCGAAAAGCUUGAUGCGGACGACUCAGGGUCUUUGUCUGUCGCCGACAUUUCCCAAGCCCAAUCACAAUAGUACUCGACAAACAUUUCGGUUGUACCUCGUCCGAAUACCUUUCGAUUCAUCAAAUGUCACGAUUGUCUAAAUCAGAUCACACCGAUAAAAAACGGUAAAACUAAAUCCACAUACAUACAAUUAAGUUUCUUCUCACACAGUAUAAUUUUACACGAUUUUGAUAU